GACCAAAAAUUUCGCAACAGAAUCGUCGUAAAUGAAUACACCCAUGCUCUUGCAGUAGCUAGCAGACUGCAGUCAGUGGAAUCAGGCUUUGUACAUGUUAUAGCGCCGAGGAGCGGACAAAUUACUUUUCUUACUCUCUUUCGCCGUUACUGAGGACUUCAUAAAGUCUCACUGUGUUGUAUAACGUUAUUACAGCGUUGACUUUUCGUAUUUUCCCUUUAUUUUUGGCUGUGGAGAACGCGUUAAAAAUCCAGCUAGUUUUCACAAUGGCGACAGCAGCAGUAUCUGCCAGUGCUGGCAGCGGCCCCAACCCCGGAUCUGGCGCUGAGUUAGUCCGAGGACAGGCCUUCGAUGUCGGCCCUCGCUACCACAAUCUCUCCUAUAUUGGCGAGGGCGCCUAUGGAAUGGUGUGCUCUGCAUAUUGCCGUGACAACAAGGUCCGCGUGGCGAUAAAGAAGAUCAGUCCGUUUGAACACCAGACAUACUGCCAGAGGACUCUGAGAGAGAUCAAGAUCCUGCUGCGCUUCAAACAUGAGAACAUCAUCAGCAUCAACGACAUCAUCCGCAUGCCCUCCAUCCACCAGAUGAAGGACGUCUACAUCGUGCAGGACCUGAUGGAGACAGAUCUGUAUAAGCUGCUGAAGACCCAGCACCUGAGCAACGAUCACAUCUGUUACUUCCUGUACCAGAUCCUGAGAGGCCUGAAGUACAUCCAUUCUGCCAACGUCCUGCACCGCGACCUCAAACCCUCCAACCUGCUGCUCAAUACCACCUGUGAUCUAAAGAUCUGUGACUUUGGUCUUGCACGUGUGGCUGACCCGGACCAUGACCACACGGGCUUCCUGACAGAGUACGUUGCGACUCGUUGGUACCGUGCGCCUGAGAUCAUGCUCAACUCAAAGGGUUACACCAAGUCUAUUGAUAUCUGGUCUGUGGGCUGCAUCCUGGCUGAGAUGCUCUCCAAUAGACCCAUCUUCCCCGGGAAGCACUACCUGGACCAGCUCAACCACAUACUGGGUAUCCUAGGGUCUCCUUCACAGGAGGAUCUGAACUGCAUCAUUAACAUCAAGGCCAGGAACUACCUGCUGUCUCUCCCACUGCGCUGCAAGGUCCCCUGGAACCGCCUCUUCCCCAACGCUGACCCCAAAGCUCUGGACCUGCUGGACAAGAUGUUGACCUUUAACCCCCACAAGAGGAUCGAGGUAGAGGAGGCUCUGGCUCACCCUUACCUGGAGCAGUACUACGAUCCUACAGAUGAGCCUGUAGCCGAGGCUCCUUUCAAGUUUGACAUGGAGCUGGAUGAUCUCCCCAAAGAGACCCUGAAGGAGCUGAUCUUUGAAGAGACGGCUCGCUUCAACACAGUCUGCAGGUCCUAACCUAUAGAACCAGAUCAGACUCUGGACUCUCCUCGUUGUGUGCUCUGGUUCCUCCUGUCUUCAGCCUGUAUACUCCCCCCCCCCCCCGCCUUCCUCAGUCUGACCACCAUGCUCAGGAACGGGUUUCAGGAAUCAAUCUGUCCUUUCUCCCUCUAUCCCUCCCCUCUCUCCCUACGGGGUGAGGAGGGUCACAUGUUGGCUUAUUGUUUAUUAUCCCCCCACCCACUCCUCACUGCCUACGGGGGACUAUUGGAAAGCACUAUAUUGGGAAUAGGGCUCUGGGCUAUAGUAGUGCACUAUAUAGGUAACAUGACUCUCGUCUAUAGUAGUACACUAUAUAGGGAAUAGUGCCCUGGUCUAUAGUAGUGCACUGUAUAGGUAACAUGACUCUCGUCUAUAGUAGUACACUAUAUAGGGAAUAGGGCCCUGGUCUAAAGUUGUACACUAUAUAGGGAAUAGGGCCCUGGUCUAAAGUAGUACACUAUAUAGGGAAUAGGGCCCUGGUCUAUAGUAGUGCACUAUAUAGGUAACAUGACUCUCGUCUAUAGUAGUACACUAUAUAGGAAUAGGGCCCUGGUCUAAAGUAGUACACUAUAUAGGGAAUAGGGCCCUGGUCUAUGGUAGUACACUAUAUAGGGAAUAGGGCCCUGGUCUAUAGUAGUACCACUAUAUAGGGAAUAGGGCCCUGGUCUAUGGUAGUACACUAUAUAGGGAAUAGGGCCCUGGUCUAUGGUAGUACACUAUAUAGGGAAUAGGGCCCUGGUCUAUAGUAGUACACUAUAUAGGGCCCUGGUCUAUAGUAGUACACUAUAUAGGGAAUAGGGCUCUGGUCUAUAGUAGUACACUAUAUAGGGAAUAGGGCCCUGGUCUAAAGUAGUACACUAUAUAGGGAAUAGGGCCCUGGUCUAUAGUAGUACACUAUAUAGGGAAUAGGGCCCUGGUCUAUAGUAGUACACUAUAUAGGGAAUAGGGCUCUGGUCUAUAGUAGUACACUAUAUAGGAAUAGGGCCCUGGUCUAUAGUAGUACACUAUAUAAGGAAUAGGGCCCUGGUCUAAAGUAGUACACUAUAUAGGGAAUAGGGCCCUGGUCUAUAGUAGUACACUAUAUAGGGAAUAGGGCUCUGGUCUAAAGUAGUACACUAUAUAGGGAAUAGGGCCCUGGUCUAUAGUAGUACACUAUAUAGGGAAUAGGGCUCUGGUCUAUAGUAGUACACUAUAUAGGGAAUAGGGCUCUGGUCUAUAGUAGUACACUAUAUAGGGAAUAGGGCUCUGGUCUGUAGUACCACUAUAUAGGGAACAGGGCCCUGGUCUAUAGUAGUACCACUAUAUAGGGAAUAGGGCCCUGGUCUAUAGUAGUACACUAUAUAGGGAAUAUGGCUCUGGUCUAUAGUAGUACACUAUAUAGGGAAUAGGGCUCUGAUCUAUAGUAGUACCACUAUAUAGGGAAUAGGGCCCUGGUCUAUAGUAGUACACUAUAUAGGGAAUAGGGCUCUGGUCUAUAGUAGUACACUAUAUAGGGAAUAGGUCUCUGGUCUAAAGUAGUACACUAUAUAGGGAAUAGGGCCCUGGUCUAUAGUAGUACACUAUAUAGGGAAUAGGGCUCUGGUCUGUAGUAGUACACUAUAUAGGGAAUAGGGCUCUGGUCUAUAGUAGUACACUAUAUAGGGAAUAGGGCCCUGGUCUAUAGUAGUGCACAAUAUAGGGAAUAGGGCUCUGGUCUGUAGUAGUACACUAUAUAGGGAAUAGGGCUCUCGUCUAUAGUAGUACACUAUAUAAGGAAUAGGGCCCUGGUCUAUAGUAGUACACUAUAUAGGGAAUAGGGCUUUGGUCUAUAGUAGUACACUAUAUAGGGAAUAGGGCCCUGGUCUAUAGUAGUACACUAUAUAGGGAAUAGGGCCCUGGUCUAAAGUAGUGCACUAUAUAAGGAAUAGUGUGCCAUAUGGGACACCUCUGGCGACUCCUGUUCAAAUCAUUGUUAUUGUAAUUCCUGCUCAGCGUUGGUAGACGGUCGUCUGUCUGUUUGAGAAGCUUUACAUUGCCAAAUAAUUUUUGUACAGCUUCUUUUUCUUUUCUAACUAUCUGAAGCCGAGCUAUGAUCAGGGAACUCAUAGGUGAUGUCACUCUACCAAGAAAGACCCUGCAUUAAUAAGAACAACUUAUUUAUGCAAUGACAUAAUGCUCUCUGUACCUGGACAGACAGACACAGUACAGGUUGUUGGUAGAGAGAUGAUUCUGAAAGUAGCACAUGUCGAAGCUACUGUAAUAAUAGAACCCAACUUGAAAAAGUAAUGUGUUGCUUUGCUCUGUUACUCAUCAAAGUAAUCUGAUUACUUAACGUGUUACUUUUGUAGCACUGGUUAGGAAUCUCCCUCCCAGAUGGAAUACGUAGGUCCUCCACUUCCUCCUCUUGAGGAAGAGCAGACAGACCAGACCAACGGACAGUAUCAACCUGGCCUUUGGAGCAGGGUCUUCACUGUUAAAUGAUGAUCGGUGGUUAGGGAGAAAUGCCUCCUCUCCUCCCUCUAUGGUGAAUCUCUUUCUGGGUCUUUGGCCUUGUGACAGUAAGACUGUAUCCUUUUGACUGUUAAACACUCUGUCUACAUAUUGAUAAUGUCUAGUUGGCUGGGCCCUGUUUCAGCUCCUCCCCCUGGGCCCUGUUUCAGCUCCUCCACCUAACCCCUGGGCCCGUUACGAUAUGUUGUUGAACGUUGCAGAUAGACUACAGCUGGUGUUAUUCUGUAUACUAGAUGCGUUCUACAUCAUACUGCUCCCUUAUGUGCAUGACCUCUGCCCCCGGGUACACUGAAAUUAGUUUUUGGGGGGAGUUUUCCUUUAACUAUCUCUUUGGUAUUUGUUUCAUUAGUUCAUUGUAGUCCCAAAAUGUUUUGCUUGUCAGCUAUUAAGUUUUGAAGAUAGGUCACUUUGAAAAUACAGAUCUCAUCCCCGUAGGAUGCGAAAUGCAGCGGCAUAUGGCGAUGUGACCAUCUGGAACUUAAUAUCUGACAAGCAAAACAUUUUGGGACUACAAUGAACUGAAACCAAUACCCAAAUAUAUUUUGGGGGUGGAGUUUAACAAAUCAGAUCAAGGCACUUAACAUGGUGCGUGUGCAGUAAUAUGCUAAUUAUAUGCAGAUCAGUGGAUCCCAGUCAGGUGGCAGCACACCUUCACAAAUUUAAAUAUCUCAGAGAGCACACCCCCUUUUUAUUUUUACCAAGUUAAUAAACUUUUAAUUUCUUGAUCUUUAACAAGAUUCCCCAUUUAAAGCAACAAAAAAAAACAUAGGCUAUGUAUAUUAAAAAUACUGUUUAUAAUUAUAUAUAUAUAUAUAUAUUACGUACCUUUUAUGCGUAAAACAAUUUAUACUGACAAACCUACAGAGGCAUGAGUCAGAUGACACAACAUGUACAUUAUCAGUCCACAGGAACCGUGUCAAUAGUUUGGAUGUUUCUAGUGUGGUGGUUUAUGUGUGCAAGUUCCCCUUUAACACGGCAUCGCCUGUUGGAUCUGUGAGAGACUGUAACAGCAGUCCGUCUGUUGCUCCCUCCUUCCCCGAACUAGAAGAACAAAUAACAAGGAUUAAUAACGGAGGCAUUAUCAGUGACACAAGAUGUCUGCAUCUCUCUAGAUCUAUACGCUAGCUUCUCUUUGACACCAUCGCAGCGGUCAUAGUUCACUUCUGGUCAACAGUUCAUGUCUUAGUGUCUUCGUACCUAUUUGCUUCAGCUUUCCCUGUUUCACAUAACAAUUAUCACCCGUAUUUAAGUUCCAUACACAACCAAUGCAAUGGAAGCUAGCUAGUUGUUAGUAGCUUGAGCUCCGUCAUCAGUAUUUGAGAUGCUCAGAGAGAAUAUUCUCCAUGUCUGCUGCCAUUUCACUGGCCAUAGUAUAAGUGGCCAAACAUCUAUACAGAUCUCUGCUCCAGUAACUGGCUGUGGUUUCAUACCUCUGCUCCAGUAACUGGCUGUGGUUUCAUACCUCUGCUCCAGUAACUGGCUGUGGUUUCACAUCUCUGCUCCAGUAACUGGCUGUGGUUUCAUAUCUCUGCUCCAGUAACUGGCUGUGGUUUUACAUCUCUGCUCCAGUAACUGGCUGUGGUUUCACAUCUCUGCUCCAGUAACUGGCUGUGGUUUCAUAUCUCUGCUCCAGUAACUGGCUGUGGUUUCAUAUCUCUGCUCCAGUAACUGGCUGUGGUUUCACAUCUCUGCUCCAGUAACUGGCUGUGGUUUCACACCUCUGCUCCAGUAACUGGCUGUGGUUUCACACCUCUGCUCCAGUAACUGGCUGUGGUUUCACAUCUCUGCUCCAGUAACUGGCUGUGGUUUCACAUCUCUGCUCCAGUAACUGGCUGUGGUUUCACAUCUCUGCUCCAGUAACUGGCUGUGGUUUCACAUCUCUGCUCCAGUAACUGGCUGUGGUUUCACAUCUCUGCUCCAGUAACUGGCUGUGGUUUCACAUCUCUGCUCCAGUAACUGUCUGUGGUUUCACAUCUCUGCUCCAGUAACUGUCUGUGGUUUCACAUCUCUGCUCCAGUAACUGGCUGUGGUUUCACAUCUCCGCUCCAGUAACUGGCUGUGGUUUCACAUCUCUGCUCCAGUAACUGGCUGUGGUUUCACAUCUCUGCUCCAGUAACUGGCUGUGGUUUCACAUCUCUGCUCCAGUAACUGGCUGUGGUUUCACACCUCUGCUCCAGUAACUGGAUGUGGUUUCACAUCUCUGCUCCAGUAACUGGCUGUGGUUUCACAUCUCUGCUCCAGUAACUGGCUGUGGUUUCACACCUCUGCUCCAGUAACUGGCUGUGGUUUCACACCUCUGCUCCAGUAACUGGCUGUGGUUUCACAUCUCUGCUCCAGUAACUGGCUGUGGUUUCACAUCUCUGCUCCAGUAACUGGCUGUGGUUUCACAUCUCUGCUCCAGUAACUGGCUGUGGUUUCACAUCUCUGCUCCAGUAACUGGCUGUGGUUUCACAUCUCUGCUCCAGUAACUGGCUGUGGUUUCACAUCUCUGCUCCAGUAACUGGCUGUGGUUUCACAUCUCUGCUCCAGUAACUGGCUGUGGUUUCACAUCUCUGCUCCAGUAACUGGCUGUGGUUUCAGGCGACACCUAUCAGACUUCAUACCAAGUCUAAUGCCAAGUCUAGAGCUCCCAGCUCAUUGGUUGAGAUGCUCAAAGAGAACAUUCUCCAUGUAGUGCAGGUCCACCCCUUUGAUUGCACUUGCGUUUUCUAUAUAACGUUACAAUGCCUUCUAUAUAAUGUUACAAUGCCAUCAACGACGUUAAAAUGCCUUCUAUAUAACGUUACAAUGCCAUAAUGGGACAUAGUGUCUACUGGCUCAAUAUCUCCACACAGAGAGCCAGCUAGGUGGAUGACAUUAAGGUCUGAAUAACAUUACAAUGCCAUGGGACCUGCUGCACAGCAUUACAGAGCCUUAACCCACCUACAGAAGGCAGCAGCUGUUAGAACCACUGGCCACAACCCCCCCGCUGAUCGAUCUGUCGAUCAAUCUAUCUAUCCAAAAGUAUGUGGACACCCUUUCAAAUUAGUGGGUUCUGUUUCAACCAUACCCAUUGCUGACAGGUGUCAAAUAAAAUCAAGCACACGGCCAUGCAAUCUCCAUAGACAGACAUUGGCAGUAGAAUGGAGAGCUCAGUGACCUUAAACCUGACACCGUCAUAGAAUGCCACCUUUCCAACAAGUCAGUUUGUCAAAUUUCUGCCCUGCUAGAGCUGCCCCCAGUCAUCUGUAAGUGCUGUUAUUGUGAAAUGGAAAAAUCUAGGAGCAGCAACGGCUUAGCCGCGAAGUGGUAGGCAACACCAGCUCACAGAACAGAACCGCCAGGUGCUGAAACGCAUAAAGAUCAUCUGUCCCCGGUUGCAACACUCACUACCGAGUUCCAAACUGCCUCUGGAAGCAACGUCAGCACAAGAACUGUUCAUCGGUAGCUUCAUGAAAUGGGUUUCCAUGGCCGAGCAGCCGCACACAAGCCUAAGAUCACCGUGUGUAAUAACGGCUGGAGGGGUGUAAAGCUCGCCGCCAUUGGAAUCUGGAGCAGUGGAAAUUUAUUUUCUUGCGUGAUGAAUUUCGCUUCACCAUCCGGCAGUCCGACGGAUUAAUCUGUGUAUCCGACGGACGUAAACCUGACUGGCCGGCACAGAGCCCUGACUUCAACCCCAUCAAACACCUUUGGGAUGAAUUGGAAGGCCGACUGUGAGCCAGGACUAAUCGCCCCACAUCAGUGUCCGACCUCACUAAUGUUCUUGUUGCUGAAUGGAAGCAAGUCCCACAGCCAUGUUCUAGUGGAAAGCCUUCCCAGAAUAGUGGAGGCUGUUAAAGCAGCAAUGUUCCAACAUCUAGUGGAAAGCCUUCCCAGAAGAGUGGAGGCUGUUAUAGCAGCAAUGUUCCUACAUCUAGAGGAAAGCCUUCCCAGAAGAGUGGAGGCUGUUAUAGCAGCAAUGUUCCAACAUCUAGUGGAAAGCCUUCCCAGAAGAGUGGAGGCUGUUAUAGCAGCAAUGUUCCAACAUCUAGUGGAAAGCCUUCCCAGAAGAGUGGAGGCUGUUAUAGCAGCAAUGUUCCAACAUCUAGUGGAAAGCCUUCCCAGAAGAGUGGAGGCUGAUAUAGCAGUAAAGGGGGACCAACUCAAUAUUAAUGCCUACGAUUUUGGAAUGAGAUGUUUGACAAGCAGGUGUCCACAUGCUUUUGGCCAAGUAAUGUAUCUAUCUCUAUUGAUCAACCCUAUGCUUACCUACCUAUCCUCUACCUAUCCUCAACCUACCUAGUAAGAUGUAAGCUUGUAUCGAUCUGCUUCAGAGUCUGAGUCGGUCCGUGUUGCAAACCUGUCUGGUUCUUUGUGCCUUUCUUCUUAACGGGCUUGAACUCCAAAAUGUUUUGUGCAGCUUUGUUUAGCUGGGGGUCCGUUGUGACUGCAGUAUAUUCUUUAUGUUAACGGAAGGUUUUUCAUAAGUCUCACUGAGUAUGUUGUACUUUUUAAGAUAAAUUAUGGUUCUGUUGCCGAAGCUUUGUGAUUGUGAUUCUGUACUGAAAAAGAUGAAGGCUGAAUUCUAUUGUUUGCUUUACUUUAACCUCUGCCCUGCUCUUUACCUUGGUCUGGGUGGGGUGUCUCCACCCCGUUCUUUACCUUGGUCUGGGUGGGGUGUCUCCACCCUGUUCUUUACCUUGGUCUGGGUGGGGUGUCUCCACCCUGUUCUUUACCUUGGUCUGGGUGGGGUGUCUCCACCCCGUUCUUUACCUUGGUCUGGGUGGGGUGUCUCCACCCUGUUCUUUACCUUGGUCUGGGUGGGGUGUCUCCACCCCGUUCUUUACCUUGGUCUGGGUGGGGUGUCUCCACCCUGUUCUUUACCUUGGUCUGGGUGGGGUGUCUCCACCCUGUUCUUUACCUUGGUCUGGGUGGGGUGACUCCACCCUGUUCUUUUUACCUUUUAUUUAUUUCUUUUUUUUAAUGUUUUGUGCAAAAAAUAUUUUUUAUUGUAAAAUUAAUGUUAUGUUUCUAUCUAAUAUUAAUCUUGAAUAAGACUUGUUGCCAUGAAUUGAAAUACUCAUAUGUUUUGAGCAGUAGAAAAUCUUUGUGAAUUAUACUUCAUUCACGCUAAAAAUAAAAAAUAUUAAGUUUCAUGUAUUUUCGGUUGGCUGUGUUUUUGAGGUUAGCAUUAGUAACUCAACCAGGCAGAAGUUUAAACUGACCCUUCAAGGUCUGUUUUUGAGGGUAGUAUCGGUAACUAAACCAGGUUAUGGUAGGGAGAGGUUUAAACCAACCCUUCAAGGUCUGUUUUUGAGGGUAGUAUCGGUAACUAAACCAGGUUAUGGUAGGGAGAGGUUUAAACCAACCCUUCGAGGUCUGUUUUUGAGGGUAGUAUCGGUAACUAAACCAGGUUAUGGUAGGGAGAGGUUUAAACCAACCCUUCGAGGUCUGUGAAUAUUGCCAUCUGUCAUGCCGGAGAACAAACCAUUUCUGCUAAUGUUGAAGAUGACUGCCAUUUAUUAAAAAACCAUAUCAAUCUUGUUAUUUUGCAUCUUUGCCAUGUAACCUAUGAAAUAAAUACACUGUAUCCUGUG